GUAUUUAUUUUCGGAGCAGACAGUCGAUCUAAUUGUCACUGCUGUCUGCUGCCAUUUGAAACUGCGUCUUACGUCAGGUUUUACGUCCAAGAACAACUUCAAAAUUCUUUGCUAGCUCCAUUUAUAAACAGCAUAUGCAAUGAACAUUCUUCCGCGAAUUUCUCAGCUUUCUCCCCGUGUUAUUCAUAUUUUAGGUUGCAAUCCAGGCCCUUUUACUCUCCAAGGAACUAACACAUAUUUGAUUGGAACCGGAAAACGGAGAAUACUACUUGACACAGGAGAUGGACAGGUCCCAGAAUACUUUGAUUUGCUUCAGUCAGUAUUAAAGGAGCAGCAAGCAACCUUGGAUCACAUUUUAGUUUCCCACUGGCAUCCUGAUCAUGUUGGGGGUGUGGAAAAAAUCCAACAAUCAAUCAACAAAGACUGCAAAGUCUCAAAGUUUCACAUUGAGGACAGACCAACAGAAUUUGAAAAAUUAACAGAUGGACAGGAAGUUUCAGUUGAAGGAGCCAAUUUAAAAGUGUACCACACACCUGGUCACAGCACUGACCACAUUAUCCUACAUUUGAAGGAAGAGAAUUCCUUAUUCAGUGGGGACUGUAUUUUGGGUGAAGGGACUGCCGUCUUUGAGGACUUGUACGAUUACAUGAACUCACUGAAAACCAUACUUGGCCUUAAUCCAAGUAAAAUUUAUCCUGGACACGGACCGUCGAUUGAGGAUCCCAUUCAACGAAUAGAGUACUAUAUCCAUCAUCGAAACGAAAGGGAGAGGCAGAUUUUAGAGUACCUUUCGUCUAACCAUGGGAAUAAAAUGUCUGCCAUGGACAUUGUCAAGGGUAUUUAUGAAAAUUUAGAUUCAAGUCUUUAUCUUGCUGCUGAGAGGAACGUUGAGCUUCAUCUUAAGAAAUUAGAAAAAGAAGGUAAAGUUAAGAAACUUGCGAUACUGUGGAGUACAAUUUGAUCUAUUGUUCAAAGAAAUAUAUAGCCCUAUUAUUGACUCAACUUUCUACAGUGCAUGUACUCAAAGUGAUUAAUGAGAGACAAAAUAGACUGAAGCACCUUGUCUUCAGGGUUAAAUUAACCAUU